AUGGCUUCUGCUAGUGCUAAUAAAAGACGUAGAGCUGAAACUGAAAGUGGAAGAGGAGGUCGUAUAUUUAACCCAUCUUGGACAAAUGAAUAUUUUGUAAUGGAGCAAAAUAAUUCAAUUAUGUGUCUCAUUUGUUUUGAAAAAAUUGCCGUGUGCAAAAUGUAUAAUGUUAAUAGACACUAUACUACAAAACAUGCAGCAACUUAUGAUAAAUUCAAGGGCCAAUUUCGUGUUGAUAAGGUAGAACUGCUAAAGAAAAUUUUUAUCGGGCAACAAUCAAUAAUGAAAAGUAAAGUAAUUAGCUCAUACAGUGCUACCAAAAUAAGUUUUUUAAUUGCAGAAAGUAUUGCAAAAAGUGGUCAACCUUUUUCUAGUGGAGAUUUAAUAAAAAACUCUAUAAAACAAUUUUGUAAUGAGGUAUGCCCUGAAAAAAUACAAUUUGCUGAAGAUCUCAGUCUUUCACACCAGACAAUUGCAAGAAGGGUUGAAGAUCUAUCAAAGAAUAUUGAAUUAGCAUUGAAAGAAAAACUAUGUAAGUGUGAAGCAUAUAGUCUGGCACUUGAUGAAUCAACAGAUAGAAGUGAUACGGCUCAGUUAGCUAUUUUUAUUAGAUUUAUAACAAGUAAUUUUGAAAUAAUUGAAGAACUGUUGGAUUUCAGGCACAUGAAAGGCACUACUAAAGGGGAAGAUAUUCUUUCUGAAGUCAAAAAAACAAUGAUAAAGUUUGAUUUGCCAGAAACAAAACUCUCUGGUGUCACUACAGAUGGAGCAAGUUCAAUGAAAGGAAAAAAUAUUGGAUUUGUGGCAUUAUUUAAGAAAUCCAUUAAUCACAACAUUCUUUCAUAUCACUGUAUUACACAUCAGGAACAGUUAUGUGCAAAAGUAUUAGAAAUGAAAGAAGUCAUGGAAAUUGUUAUCCAAACUGUUAAUUUUAUAAGAAGUCGUGGCCUUAAUCACAGACAGUUCAAACAAUUGCUUGAGGAUUGUGGAAAAAGAAAUACCAACACAGUUGACUAUGAAAAAUAUAGUAAUCUUAUUUUAAAAAUAAUUGAUGAAUUUGACACAAGAUUUUGUGAUUUUAAAGAAGAAAAGAAUGAGUUAGACUUAUUUUCACAUCCAUUUUCCAUUAAAGUUGAGACAGUAAGAGAUGAAUUUCAAAUGGAAUUAAUAGAACUACAAAACAAUAAAGAUUUGAAAGAUGCUUACAAAGAUGUUGAAUUGUUAGAACUUUAUAAAAAAUACAUGAACAUUGAAGUUUAUCCACAUUUAUGCAAACACGCUAUGAAAUACUUUUCCCUUUUUGGAAGCAUAUACAUUUGUGAACAAUUUUUUUCAAGAAUGAAACAUGUUAAAUCAGAGCAGAGACAUAGGUUGAAAGAUGAACACCUCACUGAUACACUUCGGAUUUCAUCGUCCACUAUAAAAGCUGACAUUGAUCAAUUGUGUAAAAAUAAACAAUGCCAAGUUUCCCAUUAA